CUCUUACUGUUAUGGCUCAUACAAAAGAAACUAAAAUGCAGGUAACGCCAGAAACUCCAGGACGAGUCACCAUCCUGAAUCCUUUUGAAAGUCCUAGUGAUUAUUACACUCUUCAGGAGCAGAUUGUUUCCAGUCCUUCAGUCUUCAAAUCAACAAAACCCUCACCUACACCAGGAAAAUUUAGAUGGUCUAUUGAUCAGCUUGCUGUAAUAAAUCCUGUGGAAAUUGACUUGGAAGAUGUUCAACGUCAAGCAAUGUAUUUGAGUCAUGAUAGAAUUGAUAAGGAAACAGAAGACAGAAGGCAAAAAGCCAUUGAGGAGUUUUUCACAAAAAGUCUCAUAGUUCCCUCUCCUUGGACUGAACAUGAAGGAAAGCAAGUUUCACAGUUUAAUUCUGCCAUAGAUCUAAAUAACCUUUCUCCAAUUGGAAGACAGCUAACGUUGCAGCCUUACAAAAGCAAUGCUUUAGUCAAAGGUUACUGCAAGCUAAUUUUGUUGACUUUAUUCAUUACAGCUGCUUGUCAGACAGUGCUGUCUUUGCCAGUGGAUUUUAAUAUAGAGAAAAUACUAGGUGAAUAUAUAAGAACUGAUGAAUAUUCAGAUCAGUCUCAGGGAAAUCUGAGCUCUUCAUCACUCAGAAGAAAGCUGUUUUUAGAAGAAAAUGGAAGUGUGUCUGAGUGUUUGUCUAUUUCUCCACAUAGUCCAUGUGGUAAUCAGCCACUUGGAGUACUUUGUUCAAUAGACAUCUCUCCAGUUCGGUGCAGAAGCCCUCUGGAAACACCUAGUUCAGGUCAGAUUUCAUCAAGUCCUAUCCAGGGAGGAGCAAGUGUUUACAGUCUGGGAAGUAUAACCAGUCCCACAUUUCCACAAGGGUCUCCUGCCCCUAAUGGUUCUCCUGCUUUUUCACCGAUUGCUUUUCACAUAAGAAAGACACCACUGUCAGACCAAAGAAAAUUCACAUUUUGUUCUCCAGAUAUUCCUUCUUCUUCAAAUAAAAUGACACCUCCAGCUACAAGAAGUCCUUAUAUAGAUGGUUGUUCUCCAAUUCAAAAGUCUUCACCUAUGAGACUUGGAGCAUGCAGAAGAAUUACCCAGUUUCAGACUUCUGUCAUUAGGAUACCAAUUGCUGUUGAGAACCAUGGUGAGAAUGAGGAAGACAAGGAGAACGCUUCUCCAUCAGAAGCUUGGUUCCCAGAAAUGGAUAAUGGAAUAACCUUACACCAGCAAGAUGGGGAUACUUUUACACAUGGCACACAUCUUGUGGUAGCAACUGUGUCUAUUGCACCAGAUCACUCAGAAGUUUGUCAUCAAAGACUGUCAUCAUUUCAGGAUAUAGAAGGCUCCAAGGAAAGUAAUACUGUAGAUAUGGCUGACAUAGCUGAAGUGUCAGAAGAAAACAUUUGGAUAAAAGAAACAAUUGGCAAUAGCAAUGCACCAAUGACCAGCUUUAUGACAGGGAUUACUUUCAGUAUUGAAAACUCUCGUGUGUUCAUGUCACCUCUUGCAGAAAGCAGCGCAAUUCCUUGUGACAACAGUAGUAUUCAGGUGGACAGUGGUUAUAAUACACAGACUUGUGGAAGCAGCAUUAUGGAUACUGCGGGGGCCCAAAACAGUUGCAGAGAAAAUGAUGUAAACAUUAACGUGUUUCAGAAUAAAUCUCAGCUGCUUAGAACAAAGGAGAUUUCUGUUUCAAACCAUAAGGACAAUCAGUUGCUGAGAGCAAAAUCUCCAGAGAAGCAGUCCUGUUUCCAAAAAGCAAAACCACAUUGUACAGUAUUUGGUCAAAAUGCAACUUGCAACACGUCUGCCUGGAAACAUCAAAAUGAAAAUCAAGUUCAGGGAUUUUGCAAAAAUGAUAUGUAGUUCUCUGAUGGAGAUUAAAUUGUGAUGUCUAAUAAAUUUUUAUGUAUAUGAUGUCCGUUACCUGGAUUACACGUACUGUUUGGGUUUUUUAAUGCAAGUGUAAUAAAUUGUCUGCUACGUAUUAAGGGGGGGGUUUAAAUAAUGUGGGAUUCUUCAGGUUUUAUUAACAAAUGUACUGGUAUUAUUAAGCAACCCUUUUGAAAAUUAAGGCAGCUAGACUUGGUAUAAAGAAAGCACAUUAGGUUUGUUUUUUGGAAUUAUGUUCUUUCAGUGAUUAGGAUAGAUUCCAUGAGGGAGCCUUGUUUUUAAAGGCUGAACCUAACCUGAGCUUGAAGAGUAUUUCAGAUAGGCUGGGCAAACCUGGGGUAACUUGCAUAGGAGCCAGUGUAACUGUAAAACCACCUACAUUUUAAGACACAACUUAAAAAGGCAUGAGGGAAUUUUUUCUUUUGGGAAAAG